CAUCUCUAAUAGCAGAGAAAGCUUUAUUAUUACACCAGAAAGCAUUACUGCUCAGACACCUGGACAAGAUAUCCAGCUCAUCUUCAGUCUAUUACAACAGGCUGCAGUGACUGCUAUCCCCUCAACUAAGAAUAAAAAGAAGAAGAAGAUAAAAAUGGCAGCUUAUGGUUCUGAUCUGAGGAUGGUGCUGGUGGGUAAAACUGGAUCAGGAAAGAGUGCAGCAGGAAACCUCAUCCUGGGAAGAAAGGAAUUUAGUGUUAGCAUGUCGUCAAAGUCGGUCACCAGGAAGUGUGAGAAACAUGAAACCACAGUGGGCGGCAGGAAGAUCUCAGUGGUUGAUACUCCAGGACUGUUUGAUACUGAAAUUACUGUAGAUAAACUGAAAGCUGAAAUAGAGAGGUGUGUAGAGCUAUCUGUUCCUGGUCCUCAUGUGUUCCUACUGGUGAUCAGACUGGAUGUCAGAUUUACAGAAGAGGAGAGGAACACUGUGAAGUGGAUUCAGGAGAACUUUGGAGAAGAAGCUUUAAAGCACACCAUCGUACUGUUCACUCAUGCAGACGCGUUAAAGACAGUGCAGAUAGAGCAGUAUAUUGGAGAUGAUAAACACUUAAAACAGCUUGUUGCAGAGUGCGGAUAUCAUCUGUUUAAUAAUGAAGACAUGGAGAACCGUUCUCAGGUCCGGGAGCUUCUGAAGAAGAUUAAUGUUUUAUCCAGCACCUAUUACACCAACAAGAUGUACCAGGCAGUUCAGAAGAGACUAGAAGAAGAAAAAGAGAAGAAGAGAAAAGAGGAGGAGGAAAAGAGAAAACAAUGGGAGGAAAAGAUUCGAGCAGAUGAGAGAAAGAAGUUUAAGGAGAAGGUACACAAACAAAAACAACAGAAUCAAGAGGAAGAA